GUCGGCUGCACCUUAUUCUGACCCAAACUCGCCGUUCUCCAUCCAUCCUUUGUUUCUCUGCGACCACACCGUGCCUUCGAUCCUUUUCUUUCCUCGCCAUCGAGGUGCUCUCCUCCCCUCCCCCCCCCCUAUUCGCGGUGUCGGGUGACCCUGCGCGGUUACUGCCCAUCCCUCCUGUCAUUCUCUCUGGGCCACCAGCAACCCGUCCCCUUUCUCAAUCUCGCGACGCAGAGCGCCGGCCUGAGGCACGCCUGCUUCUUACCACCCCGUACUGCACCUGCGAGAUACGGUCCCUUUCUCGCGCAUUCCGAUCGCUGAGGUGAUCAGCCUGAGACCGAAUACACACAGAGACGCCCAACCUCUGCAUUUCGGAUCACCUGUCUACCCGCACGAAAACAGCCCACUCGUGCCUCGUCUCGUCCCGGUUUCCAUACGCGUCCGGCCGUCGGACAAUGUCUUCGACUGCCGCCGUGCAGCCCAGCGCUCCAACGAUCUCACAACGACCCUACUCAGCGUCGCCGUCCUCUUCGUCUAGGCCGGAGCAAUAUUACCAACAGCCGGCUGCUGCUGCUGCUGCGGCCGCCGGCUCCUCAUCAACAACCCGACGAGCCGCCCGUCCUAGCAAUGGCGCCUCUCCGCAGACACCAACGCAGCCUUCACCGGCCGAGUCAAGCUCAUCAUCCAUGACGCCGCGCGCAGCCGCCCUACCCAGCUCGUCGAACAACUCGCCUGUCGUGACAAUGGCGUCUGCCAGCGGGCCUCCAAUCGCUCCUCCUCCGCGAACAUCGUCACACAAUCGGAGUAAUACUGGCACCCCGGAAGUCGGGCGCUCGGCUGCAAACGCAACGCCCACCGCAAGUAGCGUUGCGAAGGAGUAUUCGAGCUCAAACUCGUCCCGCUACCCGCCCACGUCGACGGCUGCUGCGGCUGCGUCCGCGAGAUCACGAGGAUACCCUUCGCCGAAGGAACCUGUUACCUCUAGCCCGCGUAUGGCAACCUAUCCUGCACAGUCGCCGAGCCAUAGCCGUUCGGCCAACUCUGUUGGCCAGCCGCCAAUGGGCUCUGACCUUCCGAGGGAAGACAGCACGAUUAUCAACCGCCUGAUUAUUUCGGAUCCUCAGGAAGACCUUGCACGAGACAUGGAAAGAGUCGCUGAGUCGCGACCUUUGCAUUCUGAUGGAAACACAACGCCCAGAGCUGUGGCCCAUGUGUCGAUGCCACCAGGGAGUCUAGAGGACAGCACACGCAGCUCAAGGACGCGGCAAGAAAAGUCGGAAAGGCGCCCAAAGGAGAUGCGCUUCGGCGAUUAUAUCCUUGGGCAGACUCUGGGUGAGGGCGAGUUUGGGAAGGUGAAAAUGGGCUGGAAACGAGACGGCGGUGUCCAAGUCGCCAUCAAGCUGAUACGGCGAGACAGUCUGGGCUCAAAUCCGAGCCGGCUGCCCAAAAUCUACCGCGAAAUCGCCAUCCUUCGAGAGCUGCAGCACCCGAACAUUGUACGAUUGCACGAGAUGGUCGAGACAGAAAGACACAUUGGCAUCAUCCUCGAGUAUGCAUCGGGUGGCGAGCUCUUUGACUACAUCCUUCAGCAUCGUUUCCUCAAAGAUAACUCCGCCCGGAGACUCUUUGCCCAGCUUGUCUCCGGUGUGGGCUACCUCCACAAGAAAGGCAUCGUUCACCGUGAUCUCAAGCUCGAGAAUCUUUUACUCGAUCGCAAUCGCAACAUCAUCAUAACCGAUUUUGGCUUCGCCAACACGUUUGACUCCUCUGAUGAGUUGACCGAGGAAAUUGAGCUUAACUUGGGCAACAAGGACUUCGUGCGGAGGAUGGGCCUAGACAUUGUCAACGAGGACGGCCACAGAAGAGGCGAUCUCAUGCAGACAAGUUGCGGCUCGCCCUGUUAUGCUGCACCAGAACUUGUCGUCAGCGACUCGCUUUACACGGGCAGAAAAGUAGACGUUUGGAGCUGUGGAGUCAUUCUGUACGCUAUGCUGGCAGGAUAUCUCCCUUUCGAUGAUGAUCCUGCGAAUCCCGAAGGGGAUAAUAUUAACCUCCUGUAUAAAUACAUCGUAUCCACCCCGCUCACAUUCCCAGAAUAUGUCACACCGCACGCAAGGGACCUUCUUAAGCGCAUAUUGGUUCCCGAUCCACGCAAGCGAGCCGACCUGUUCGAGGUCGCCCGUCACAGCUGGCUGAGCGAGUACGCACAUGUAGUAGCGUUCAUCACCAGCAGCACCACAUCGCCUAGUGAUAUCUCGAAUACAACCGUUCCACCAGAAGAUGCAUUUGAUCAACCACACCUCGCCCGUAGCGCAUCUGUUCGCGAACCAACGAAAGCGCACAACGCGGUCGCGCAGAUUGGUGGCCUUCAGAAACAGGCGCCAAUGGACAACGACAAGACUAAGACUGCAAGAGAUGCCAAACGUCGCACAGUGCAGGUGGAGUACGUCGCUCCAGCGUCUGCUACUGCACGGGGCGAUCCGUCAAAGACUCGUGCAAGAGACAAUACACAAGGUCCCGUCGAAGUACCUCUUCCUGACGGCUACCCUACUUCUGUGCGGCCUCAGGAACGAGCCACAGCAGCAGCGCCAAGCUCUAUGCCUCCACCAUCACGUCCUGUUCGUGGCCAAGUGCGAGCUACGUCAGAGCAUGUUUCUGGGGCACCAUUGCCGCCAGUACCGAAUAAUCGUCCAUCAACACAAGGUUCAAUGUCUGGAGCUCGUCUGCCUUCACGUGGCAAUUCUUACGGUCAGCCGGCUGUUGCUGUUGCCAAAGAUACUGCACAAGGAAGAUUCUCGCAGCCUCGAGGACAGCAGUACCCUGUAGGACCAGCUUUGGGUAGCGAAGCUCAUGAGCAUGAUUCGAACAAUUCGGAUGCCUACUCCAACGACCCGAAGAGGAGUCAGUCUAAAGGUCGUGGUCACAAACGAUCAAGCACUUUGGGUGAGCUCUUCGGCAAGCGUGGUUCUAUCUUCGGAGCCAAGGAGAAGAAGGAGCCAUUCUCACCCAAGGAAAAGCCACCUCGAUCACACCCACCGGUCAGCAUGAAACAGCCAAUUCCUACUGAUGUUGAGCCACGACGCUCGACCGAAUCGAGACGCACAUCGUUCUCUUUCAGCCGCAAGAACACCAAUGACGGUGGCAAUAGGUCAUCCAGACGGUUCUCAUUUAUCCCUUCUGCCCUGUCAAACAGCUUCAGCAACAACAGAACAAGCGCGCCUAUGCCACCUGACACUGCUGAUUCGGACAACAGCAGGUACAACAGAAUGGACGGCCGACCAAAGAUGGCAUUUGGACGUGGUGAAAGCCGCUCACCAAGCAGAAGUACUACUGCCAGCACGAUACCCGUGCUUGGCGACUCCUCAUUUGACGGCAACAGAAGGGCUCGUGACACUCCUGGCCACAGACUAGUGUCGACCUCAUACCCGAACGACACCGACACCGACAUAGCGCAGCACAAUCGUCUACCAUCCUCGACUUAUCCACCACAGGAUGAGAAUUUCGAUCCCAGCGACAUGCACUUCCCCGCUGAACCAAACACUGGCGGUGCAUACUAUCGUCAGGUCAGCGGGCAGUCCACUGUACCCUCCAUGCAGCAGGAUGAACAUGGACGGUUCAGACCGUUGUACCCCGUCGGCUUUGAUCCUGAUGACAAAGGGAACAUCGCUGGUUCACCAUCGAGCUCGAGACGUGAGAAGAAUGUGCUUCAAAAGCCUCAUCGGCAAUUUCCCGAUGCGGGGGGUGCGCAUGGCGGAAAGGCGAAGAGGGUCAUGGACUUCUUCAGAAUGAGGGGACGAGCAAGAGCUGAAGCGUAAGUUUUGCACCAUGCUCACGGCGUUGUUGCCAGUUUUGGACUGAGGAAGUGGGGGAGGCGGAGAGAGCUUGAAUCUAUGGCAUUCGGCCAGAAAUAAAGCAUCGUAAUGCCCAGUCGACAAGGGAACAUCAAGAACUGUCGAUUUGUCCGCUGUCGUCAAACGUGCUGCACUGGCUUGCACAUAUCUCUUCUUGGAAAUUUGCAUACUAAGGGCGUUUACAUUGUUUCAAGGAAAGCGAGAAUUACACCGAACAAAUUUAUUCUUGUCGAUACGUGUCCAAGUAUGCGUGUCCGUAUCGUUGCUGUGCUGUGCUGAGCCGUGCAACACUUAAGACAGACAGGGGUAAGGGCAAUCAGAUUUCUUGCUGUACGGACUGGGAGGAGACAGGAAGAGAAAGGGGUUUAAUUUUCUGUUGUAUGUUAUUCGAUGCGAGAGAUACCGAGAUCGUUAGUGUUGAGACUUUCGUAAUUUGGACGAAGCAUUCGCUGUGUUGGCGCCGGAAGGCUGACACAAGCGAUAAUCUUCCCCUCAAACGCGACUUUGAUUUUUGAAAAA